ACACUUCUUCCGGUUCACUGUAUUCAGAACCCGGAGGUUUGACGCGGGAAACCGGAGAAUAGAAGAUCUUGAUCGCUGCAGUUAUCGAGAUGGGAGACACUCUGGAGUUUAAUAACAUUCAUACGGAGGUGAAGGGGUCUUGGAAUGACGGCCGGCUGAGGUUCAGCAAGCAGUCGCUGGUCUAUAAAAGCCACAAAACGGGGAAGGUGGACAGUAUCCCGGCUCCUGAGCUCUCCGCGGCCCAGUGGCGUCGCGUCUGUGUGGGUCACGGGAUCAAACUGGCCACCAGCACCGGACACGUCUACAGAUACGACGGCUUCAGAGACACAGAUUUCGAGAAAAUCUACAGCGUUCUUUAAAGCGAACUGACUACAAGGUUGAGUGUGGCGGAGAAGG